AUGCAUCUCAACCAUGCUGUUGAAAAUAACAAGUAUAGUGUCUUCUUUAAUACUUAUUAUUUGUACGGACCAGCAUCAUGUUAUCACCGUGUAGAUUUUGAUUCAGCUUCCGCAUCAUCCCUGAGUGAUAAAGCUGUCAAGGUUCAAGUUCUUGGAGAAAAAAUAGGAAAAACUCCUUGUGUAUAUCACGGUACCGGUGCAGAUACGUAUUAUUCAUUGAAGCCUUUGAAUGAAGCUAUGCAUUGGGUAGCAAGAAAGAUUAUAGUUACCGAUGAUCAACAAGAAGUAACUGCGGUUAUAGUUUCUUUUGAUAUAGUUGAAGAGAAAACCAAAGAAAUGCGAACACCAAUUGCAAGUUGCAUAUUGAAUGAAGAAUACGAACUUAGAAGUGUAGGAGUGGGUGUGCUUGGAAAGGACCUUUACCUCUCAGUUUAUGUUUCAGACAUAUUUGAGUUAUGGGUCAUGAAGGAUAACGGCGUGGUAGAUUCAUGGACUAAGCUUUUGAGUAUUUCAAAUAAUUGUGGGUCGGCGAUGCCACUAUCAUUCAACGGCGAGAUCAUCCUAUUCACAUGUUACUGUUUACAAGGUAACCAAGUUAAGAAUGCUUUAGUCGCAUAUGACUUGAGAAAUGGAAGAUCCACAUUUUUGAAAAUCAAAGAUAUGCCGAGAAGGUUUACUGCAGAAACUUUUAUGGAGAGUCUUGUUUCCCUUAAUCCAGCCAGGUGA